AUGCAUUUCGCCUCCCUUCUCCUUCUUCCCCUGCUGGUCGCCGCAGACCAAGUGCCCCUGAAAGAAAAGGCCGCGGGCUGGCUCGACAAGGCGAAGUCAUAUAUCCCCAAUGGCGGCGCAGCACCUUCAAUCGAGGUACCGGUGCCUGAGAACCCGAUCGAGGCGGGCGCGGCCACGAUCGCAGAGCACAAGGUCGAGAAGAUCAAUGUCCGCAACUGGCAGCGCAAACUGUCCCCGAAGCCCGACACCGAGGAGGAGUGGAUGAUCUAUUUGACGGGCGGCAAUAAGACGUGCUUUGGCCGGUGUGCCCAUGUGGAUGCUAUGUGGAAUGAAUCUGUGCCCUUACUGUCCGCGUUGCCCCGGCCCGCGGGCUCCCCGCCGCUGAAACUCGGUUUUCUAGACUGUGAAAAGGAGGAGGUCGUGUGCACGGCGUGGGCGUCGGGGGUGCCUGUCAUCUACCACUUCCUGCUGCCCAAGGAGGGCGACCAAGGUGCCAAGGCACCGCUCUACAUCAUCCCGCUCAACGUCACGACCACCACCGUCUCGGACAUCACCAGCCUGCCGCGCGCCUCCAAGUCGCGAUACCUCGAAUAUCCCGAGUACACGGGCAUGCUGCACCCCAUCGACGGGCUCCUGGCCCAGGCGGGCGUGCUCCAGCCCUUUGGCUACUUCAUGUGGGCGCUAGGCGCCAUGCCCUCGUGGAUGAUGAUGCUGGGCAUCAGUUUCAUCUCCCGCCAGAUCAUGAGCCGGAGGAUGGGUGCCGGCAGAGGUGUCCCUGCUCCCCCCGACGCCCAGCAGCCUGCCGCUCCGAGGGUUGCACCAGCUUCACCUGCGUCGCAGCCCAAGUCUGGCAGUGGGGGCAGUGCGCGUAAGAGGAAGUAG